GUCAGACUGGGAAGUCAUCUAGAAGCAUUUAUCUGGAUUCUCGUGUGUCACUGCAUCAAGAAUGAAGAUGAAUCUUUUCUCUGGGAUGUUGAAGGCGUUAUUUCUACUCAUCUCUGUACAAGUGUGUGUUGGUUACAAGAGGAUCUGUUACUACACUAACUGGGCCCAGUAUCGCUAUGGAGCAUCCUUCUUUCCCAGAAACAUUCCACCUCACUUGUGCACGCAUAUAUUCUAUGCCUUUGCUAACCAUUCAAACAAUACUAUAACGAGCCGUGAAUGGAACGAUGAUUCAACACCGUGGUCCCAAGGCAUGUAUAACAAAAUCAACGCUUUGAAGCUUCAAAACCCAGAUCUGAAAGUUCUUGUGUCGAUUGGUGGCUGGAUAAGCGCAGACGAACCUACUAGAACCAGAGAGUUCCGCCUGACGGCGAAUUCGGCGGCAAAUCGAAGGAUUUUUAUCCAGAACGCCAUUAAAUACGUGCGGGAUAGGAACCUGGAUGGUCUGGACAUUGAUUGGGAGUAUCCGCGUCCGGAGGACUCACAUCUCCAGCUAAUGAAGGAGUUACGUGAGGCAUUUGACGCGGAAGGUCAGAGAACACAACGAGCGCCGCUGCUUCUAGCCGCAGCAGUGUGGGGGAAUGCAGCCCUAAGCGGACCACGUUAUAAUAUGGCACAGCUGGGACGGUACAUGGAUAUCAUCGGCAUUAUGUCAUACGAUUAUUUCGGAGCCUGGGAUCGGUCUGUCAACCAGCAUUCUAUCCUCUACCCAGAAACAGACGAUGCCGUCAACCUGUGGUUAUCGAAUGGAUUUCCUGCCAAUAAGCUGGUUAUAGGUAUAGCUACAUACGGCCGAUCGUUCACCCUAGCUAACAACGCGCAGACGGUGCCCGGCUCACCCGCAAAAGGUGCAGGGCUUGCCGGCAGCUUCACAAACUCCAUGGGGGUUCUCUCUUACACCGAGAUCUGUUUGAAGAUUAAAAACGAAGGUUGGACGAAUCGCUGGGACAGAGUUAACGAAGUGCCUUACGCCUUUAAGGGCAACCAGUGGGUGGGAUACGACAAUCAGCGCAGUGUUGAAAUUAAGAUGAACUACGUGCUCAGCAAAGGUCUAGGUGGCGCCAUGGCCUGGACUCUAGACUUUGAUGAUUUCUCGAACGCAUGUGGUAACGGUAUGUACCCGUUAAUCGGGGUAAUGCAGAAAUUCUUACCAAGUGAUGGGAAUGGUCCUGUGAUCAGUAAAGAUGAUGGCCCAGAAACGAAAUCACAGACAACAACAACCACCACUACCACAACAACGACAACCACACGCACGGACAUACAGCGUGUCGUCUGCUCAGACCCCAACACACCGGAUGGAUUUUACAUAAUUCCUCACAACUGCCAUGGCUACAUACGCUGCGUUCUCAACACCGAGUAUGUCCAAAGCUGCCCCACGGGCUUGCUGUAUGACCCCACCCAGACGGCUUGUAACUGGCCGGCAGUGGUGACGAGAGUCAGGAAUGACUGUCAGUGACACGCUACUGUUCAGACCUGAUGGACACAUCCACAGACGUUAAUGACUGGGGUCUUGUUACUUACCAUGUCAGGAAUGCUAUAGCACUGUGUAUUUCUCUGUAUAUAGGUAUGUCUAUCUGUUGGCAACUUUACGGAAACUGUUACUGUGCAGUUAUUUUGAUGAAAUUGUGUCCACAGUUUGGCCUUGGUCUAAGGGUGAGUGUAUAUAAUCUCCGUGGUGAUCCUGGGACAGUUUGCAAACGAUUCGCCGCCAUUGAUAGAAGUGUUUGUUCGUUUGUCUCUAGUGCCGGAUUUUGUUCAUUCAGCUGAGGUUGAACUUUGUACCCUCGGAGCGCCUUUGAUUGUAUUAUGCACCAGUUGCUACUGACAGGACAAAUGUACGCAAUAAGGUAAAAGUAUCCUCAGCACCAAAUAUUACCAGCUAAAAGUGUAGGUGGAUGGCCUGGUUACAGGUAAUUCACUAAAAUCAGUCAGCAUGUCAAGCAGACUGUUUUAAAAUCAGUCAGUACGUCAAACAGACUUUUUUUUAAAAUCAGUCAGCAUGUCAAACAGGUUGUACUAAAAUCAGUCAGCAUGUCAAACAGGUUGUACUAAAAUCAGUCAGCAUCUCAAACAGGUUGUACUAAAAUCAGUUAGCAUGUCAAACAGGCUGUUUUAAAAUCAGUCAGCAUGUCAAACAGGUUGUACUAAAAUCAGUCAGCAUGUCAAACAGGUUGUACUAAAAUCAGUCAGCAUGUCAAACAGGCUGUACUAAAAUCAGUCAGCAUGUCAAACAGGCUGUACUAAAAUCAGUCAGCAUGUCAAACAGGCUGUUUUAAAAUCAGUCAGCAUGUCAAACAGGUUGUACUAAAAUCAGUCAGCAUGUCAAACAGGCUGUACUAAAAUCAGUCAGCAUGUCAAACAGGUUGUACUAAAAUCAGUCAGCAUGUCAAACUGGCUGUUUUAAAAUCAGUCAGCAUGUCAAACAGGUUGUACUAAAAUCAGUCAGCAUGUCAAACAGGCUGUACUAAAAUCAGUCAGCAUGUCAAACAGCUUGUACUAAAAUCAGUCAGCAUGUCAAACAGGCUGUACUAAAAUCAGUCAGCAUGUCAAACAGGCUGUUUUAAAAUCAGUCAGCAUGUCAAACAGGCUGUUUUAAAAUCAGUCAGCAUGUCGAACAGGUUGUACUAAAAUCAGUCAGCAUGUCAAACAGGCUGUACUAAAAUCAGUUAGCAUGUCGAACAGGCUGUACUAAAAUUAAGAACAUGGCAUAGAAUAUAACAUAAAUAUUUAUUUAUUUAUUUGAUUGAUGUUUUACGCCGUACUAAAAAUAUGUCCCUUAUACGACGGCGGCCGGCAUUUUGGUGGGUGGAAACAGGGCGCAGCCCGGUCGAAACCCACGACCAUCCGUAGACUAAUAACAUGCAUACCACAGUAUAUUUAUUGCACAGCUUUUAAUUGUAUACCAUUGCUGCUUUGUUUUAAUAUGUUCAGUUAUGUAUUUGUUAAAAAUAGUGAUAUGUACUUGAUUAUUGCGGAAGCAGAUAAAACUGAAAGCUUAUAUUUAGAUCUUCUCCAGUAAUGUGUUGAAGCGGAGAGAAGUAAUAAGACAGCGUCUUGUCAUGAAUGUAUGUUUUCAGCUAUAAGUGUAUGUUUUCAGCUAUAAGUGUUUGUGAUUUUUUUCACUCGAAAUGUUAUGUCUCCUGAUAAUGACUUGUUUUUUGAUGUCUCGUCGUGUAUAACCAAAUAUAUACAUCCCUU